AUGGCAGCGCAACUCCGUGUGCCAAUACAGCUCCGGCAUGCCGCCACGCGGACGUUCUCGUCCAGGCCAGUUGCACGCGCGUGGUCUUCUCCGAAGCAACCCACGGUCUCGACCACUGUGAAGCCAGUACCAGUACCUCCUGGCCGAAAGACGUGGGACAAAGAGUUGAAAGCGUGGGUGCCGUACGUUGACAAGUCGGCGACAACCAACAACGCUGCCUCGUCGACGCCGCCGUUUCGCAAGGGUAUCCCUACAAAGUCCAGUCCUCGCCAGCCGUGGUUGAAGCCUUCCGCCGUGAUCGACCCGCCACGGUUCAAGCUGUUUGGCAAAGGCGGCGAGAUCCAGGUCGACUCGAACGCCGCCGCCGGGCGCGGCCAUCCUCCCCCAAAGCAGCAACAACAACAACAGAAGAAGAGCUUCAAGUUUGAAAAGAGCCUCUUCUCCAAGGACUACUUUCCCGACGUAUCGUGGAACUCGUCCGCUGCAUCGACUACCGCCGACCACAAAUCCCAUCGCCAAAGGUACCAGCAGCGCAACAACGCCACGGAUCGCCAUCCCAAGAACAAGUUCCGCGAUCGAAAGCGCUCGAACGUCACGUCAUCAUCCUUGCCCCAGCGAGAGAUGAAGGUGGAGAUUCCAGAUACAAUCACCGUCGAGGACUUGGCCGACCGCAUGUGCAUCAAAUCGCAUCUACUUUUGCGCACAUUGCGGACACUGGGUGAACGAGACCUGAAUGAAACGUCUGAACUGUCUGCGACAGUGGCCGAACUGGCCGUGGAAGAUCUAGGGAUGAUUCCCAUUUUGGUCCAAGGGUUUGUGGACAUCAAGCCCACGGACGUACCCGCCGACUGCGCGGCAUUUCCCGCCCGUCCUCCCAUUGUCACAGUGAUGGGGCACGUCGAUCAUGGCAAGACGACGCUGCUGGAUGCGCUGCGCAACACCACGACCACCGAACACGGCGGGAUCACGCAAAAGAUUGGGUCGUUUACAGUACCUCUUGACGACAAAUCCAUCGUGUUCUUCGAUACCCCUGGACAUGCGGCGUUUUCGACCAUGCGCGCCCAAGGAUGUUCCCUCACGGACAUUCUCGUGGUCGUGAUAGCCGCGGACGAUGGGAUCCAACCCCAGACGAAGGAAGUACUUCGACUUGCGAUCGACCAAUCGGUGCCGCUGAUCGUCGCCGUGACGAAAUGCGACAGGUUUCCAGGGCAAGAGGAUGAAAUCAUCGCGCGUAUAACCAAAGAGGUGCAGAUGGAGGGGAUUCACGACCAAGAUAUGCAGCUUGUGUGUGUAUCUGGGAAGACGGGCCAAGGGCUGGAUGACCUCAAGCAGGCGAUUCUGCUGCAGGCCGACAUCAUGGAGCUGGCCGCGGACACGUCCAAGCCGGGCGAAGGCGUGGUCGUGGAAGGAAGCGUCGUUCGAGGAUGGGGGGUCACUGUGGACGCGAUGGUAACAUGGGGCACGCUCCGUGUGGGUCAACUGGUGGUGUGCGGGUUGGAAUUUGGCAAAAUCAAGGCUCUAAUUGACGAGAAUGGGAUAUCCGUCCAAUUUGCAACCCCCGGCACCCCCGUCCGGGUCGUGGGGCUCAAGGACCUGCCCAAGACAGGCCAGACGAUCCUCCCGGUCGAGACGGAGGCCGCCGCCAAGGAGAUCGUGGCGGAAAGAGCUCGGAUUCUGGAACAGGUGGCCAUCAAGGAGGCCGAGGCGGCGGCCGCGCGGCUGCGGGAAGGCGAGGCGGCGCAUGUGCCCAUUGGUCGGCGCGGAAAGGGGCGGCAGCUGGAGCUCCAGCGGCAGGAGCGGGCCAAAGAGGAGGAGCGGAUGGAUGCGCUGACACCAGAGGACGACGGAUACGUGGCCAAGGUGGUUCCAGUGGUCCUGAAAGCCAACGCCCUAGGCAUUAUCACCGCCAUCGACCAUAUGAUUGCCGAGCUCAAUGCUGUGAGUCGGGAAUGUACCCUCAAGUGCAUCUACGCUGGCGUGGGAUCUGUGACAACGUCCGACAUUGACUUGGCAGCGAGUACCAACGCCACGAUCUUUACCUUCAACACCCGCCAAGGGGCGCUGAUUGAGAAGGACGCGCAGCGCAAACAAGUGCCGAUCAAAGCGCACAAUAUCAUUUACGCCCUCAUGGACGAGAUUGAGAUGCUCGUGACGAGUCAGAUGACACAUACUGACAAGGAAGAGCCUAUCGGAGCGGCGGAAGUGCUCGAGUUCAUCCCGAUCAACCUCAAGGGGCGGCGGAAGGCAAGCAUCGCCGGCGUCCGCGUGACCGACGGGACACUCGUCAUGGACGCCAAGUACCGCAUCGUCCGAGAUGGACAUGUGGUCGCGGAGGACCUAUCGCUCGAAAGCAUGAAGCAUUUCCAGGAUAAGAUCUCCGAGUCGGCCAAGGGCCAGGAGUGCGGCAUCCAGUUUACAGACGACGACGCGGCCUUCAAGGCGGGGGACGUGGUCCAGGCGUAUCGGAUGGUUAAAGUGCGCCCAAAGCUGCUGAGAUGAGAGAAGGGAACGAGUAGAACGAGUAGUGUUUUCAUUAUAGCAAACUAAUCGCGUAAAUCGAGCACAGCGCGAGAAUCGUGGACGAGUCGUACCGCACGACGACGUGGCCGUCGGUGUCGGCGUUCCAAAAGCACGACGUGUUGGUGUGGAACCCGCCGUUCUUCUUCUGCACGAUAGU